GAUGGUCAAGAUAAAUAUGUUCGGGACGGGGUUCGUCCUUCAAGCUGCGAUCUGGGCGGCCUGUGGCAUGGCCUUCAUUCUGUUCGGCUACGACCAAGGCGUCUUCUCCGGAAUCGUGGAAAACGACGACUUUCUGGAUACCAUGAACCACCCCAAUGACAGCUUGAUGGGCAUCAUCGUCUCGAUCUACAAUCUUGGCUGUUUCUCCGGAUGCAUUGUCAACUUUCUCAUCGGUGACUGGCUUGGAAGACGCAAAGCUAUGUGGCUGGCUAUGGUUUGGGUCCUGAUCGGUGCAACAUUACAAACAUCUGCCUUCUCGGUCGCUCAUCUGAUGGUUGGUCGAUUUGUCACGGGCAUUGGCACCGGGAUUGAGACUUCGACUGUGCCUAUGUAUCAAUCCGAACUGUGCGAGGCUUCGAAGCGUGGGAAGCUUGUUUGUAGUGAGCCCUUGCUUGUUGGUGUGGGCAUUGUCAUCAGCUACUUCUUUGAUUAUGGAAUGAGCUUUGUGGGAGGCCAAAUUGCUUGGAGACUUCCCAUCGCGUGCCAAAUGAUUUUCGCUUUUGUCGUCAUUGUGCUUGUAUUUGGACUCCCCGAAUCUCCAAGAUAUUGUUACAAGGAAGGCCGGAAUGAGGAGGCGCUACAAAUCCUGAGUGAUGUGUACGGUCGACCUAAAGACGAUGAGAAAAUCUUAGCCGAGCAGGCCGAGAUCCUUGAAGCUCUUGCUGUCGAAACAAAGCAUGGAGAGUACAAAUGGAGGAAAGCUGCUGAUCAGAUCAGAAAUGUCUUCAAGAAAGAUGAGGUUUCAACCGGCCAUAGAGUCCUACUCGCCUACGGAAUGCAAUUCAUGAACCAAGUCGGUGGCAUCAAUCUUAUUGUCUAUUUCAUCCCAACCGUCCUCAGUAACAACGUCGGACUCAGCAAAAACCUCUCCCUCAUCAUCGGGGGAUGCGUCCAGAUAAUGUUCGUUGUUGGCAGCUUAUUCCCUACAUUCUUCGUGGACCGAGUCGGUCGAAGAACGCCAAUGAUCUGGGGCUCGUUCGGCCUGGGCAUUUGCAUGAUGAUGGUUUCAAUUCUACUCAGUUUCAAGGGCUCGGACGUUGAGAAGCCGACAGCCUCGGCGUCCAUUGCAUUCUUCUUCGUUUUCAUGCUUAUCUUUGGAGCCUCGGUUAAUUGUAUACCGUGGUGCUAUGUUCCCGAGAUCUUGCCUCUUCAUGCAAGAGCCAAAGGGACGGCGGUCGGAAUUUCGUCGAACUGGAUUUGGAACUUCUUCGUCGUCAUGAUCACUCCCGUCAUCAUCAACCGGCUGCAAUGGAAAGCGUAUUUGAUUUUCAUGUGCACCAACUUUGCGUUCGUGCCGCUGGUAUACUUCUUCUAUCCAGAAACUGCGAAGUUCACGCUCGAAGAAAUCGACUUUCUCUUUACGAAUCCAGAUAAAGGUCCCGUGCAGCUUUCCAAGGAGCUCCAGAAAGAGAGAAAACGGGGACAGGGAAGGAGUAUUGUUGCUGAUACUGGAAUCAUGAGACGGACGAGUGUCGCUGGAAACGGGAAGCAUUUGGGGAGUGACAUGUAUGAGGAGCAGGUCGAGAAAGUGUAGAUAAG